UCAGUCGGUACGCACAUCAUUUCCUCUUUGCCGUUUCACUGGCCGGGGUCAGUUGUCAAUUUGAAAAGUAGUCACAUCACAAUCGUCGCGAUAACUCUGCCGUUUCGUUUGUUUAUUGGUUUUUGCAGAGGGACGAGUAAAAUAUAAUUCCCCGCACAGCACCAUUGUUAAGUAAUCCUCUCCAGAACUCAGUUCCAAUUUCAAAAGCACCCAGAGAUGAGCCACGUGAAAUGACAUGGGCUGCGGGAGCAAUGUGUCCCAGAGGAAUAACACUAAAGCCGAAGGUAGUGUGCUCAUAAUGCAAAGGCCAACUAGCAAAUUGGUAGAAUUCAGGUUUCUCAUUGCGGUGGCAAUAUAUUUGCACGCGCUGGAGCAAUCGAUUCAGCAGUGCCAUUGUGUUCAUGGUUUCAGAAACAACACGGAGAGCGCCGAGCUGGUCUCCCACUACGAGUCGAGUUUGUCGCUCCCGGACAUCCUGCCCAUUCCCUCGAAGACCUACGACAAGAACCGGGCUCCCAAGCUCCUGGGCCAGCCCACAGUCGUCUACUUCCAUGUCACGGUCCUCUCGCUGGACUCCAUCAACGAGGAGUCCAUGACCUAUGUGACGGACAUCUUCCUUGCACAAAGCUGGCGUGAUCCUCGCCUGCGGCUGCCGGAGAACAUGAGCGAACAGUAUCGCAUAUUGGAUGUCGACUGGUUGCACAGCAUUUGGCGGCCCGAUUGCUUCUUCAAGAACGCCAAGAAGGUCACCUUCCACGAGAUGAGCAUUCCGAAUCACUAUCUCUGGUUGUACCACGACAAAACGCUGCUCUACAUGUCCAAGCUCACGUUGGUCCUGUCCUGCGCCAUGAAGUUUGAGUCCUAUCCACAUGACACACAAAUCUGCUCCAUGAUGAUCGAGAGUUUAUCCCAUACGGUGGAGGAUUUGGUUUUCAUUUGGAACAUGACCGACCCACUGGUGGUCAAUGCGGAGAUUGAGCUGCCACAGCUGGACAUAUCAAAUAACUACACGACCGAUUGCACCAUAGAGUACUCAACGGGCAACUUCACCUGCCUGGCCAUUGUGUUCAAUUUGCGACGACGCCUGGGCUACCACCUGUUCCACACCUACAUACCCUCGGCUCUGAUCGUGGUCAUGUCGUGGAUAUCGUUUUGGAUUAAGCCGGAGGCGAUUCCAGCCCGCGUCACCCUGGGAGUGACCUCCCUGCUGACCCUGGCCACCCAGAAUACCCAGUCGCAACAGUCGCUGCCGCCGGUGUCGUACGUGAAGGCCAUAGACGUCUGGAUGUCGUCCUGCUCGGUGUUUGUCUUCCUCUCGCUGAUGGAGUUCGCGGUGGUCAACAACUUUAUGGGACCGGUGGCCACCAAGGCCAUGAAGGGCUACUCGGACGAGAACAUCAGUGACCUGGACGACCUGAAGUCUGCCCUACAGCAUCAUCGGGAAUCGAUUAUUGAACCCCAGUACGACACUUUCUGCCAUGGCCAUGCCACAGCCAUCUAUAUAGACAAAUUCUCGCGCUUUUUCUUCCCGUUUUCGUUCUUUAUACUCAAUAUUGUCUACUGGACAACGUUCCUAUGAUGGAUGAUGGGAAAGUUUCACCGAAGGAAUCGAACGUAAACAAUAAUAAUACCAAGCGCAUUUGUUUAAAAAUGUAUAUUAUCGUUUGUAAGCCACAAAUAAUUGCAUUAAAGUAUGUAUUAUAUUGAU